UUCCUCAUCAAGGAUGGAAACCCUAACAUUUCCUUCUGGAUGAAGACGCCGAUUUUCCUACAUCUUAAAUGUUUUACAUGUCGCCAGUAUGAAGGUGCUACAGUGGACGGUGCUUACGCUCAGCCUGUGUGGAUGUAAGUGGGCGGUGUCUGUUCCACUGGCCCCACACAUUGCAUUAUUAACACCUGAAACCACGCCCUCCGUUACACCCACAAUGGACGAGAGCGCAAGGCUAGUGGAUUGGCUUAUGAAGUAUGGCUACCUGCCCCCUCCUGACCCCUCCACGGGUCAGCUCCAGGCCUGGACUGCAGUCACACAUGCUUUGAAGGCCAUGCAGAGAUUUGCUGGAUUACAAGAUACUGGAGAACUGGAUGAGGAGACUCUGAGACUGAUGCAGACUCCUCGCUGUUCACUUCCUGAUGAUGAAGAGAGAAGCCAGAUCUCUGAGUCAGACUUAGAGAGUGAACAUCACGACCAGAGGGUAAAGCGAGACGUAUCAAGUUGGGCUCAGAGAAACAUCAACUGGAGAUUGCGUACGUACCCCACUUCCUCUGCUCUGUCCCAUGAGACGUUCCGUUCUCUGGUCUUCUACGCUCUGAAAGUGUGGUCAGAACCAACAGCUCUUGAAUUUUACGAGGUUGGAGGACCAGAUGGGGCGGAUCUCCUGAUUGAUUUUUUACAUGGUUCACAUGGUGAUGGAUAUCCGUUUGAUGGAGUGGGUGGAGCUGUUGGCCACGCCUUCUUUCCUUCAGACCCAGACAGAGCCGGUGAAGUCCAUCUGGAUGCAGAGGAGGAGUGGGCAUUCAGACAGCCGGCUUCUGAAGGUACAGAUGCGUUCACGGUGCUGGUGCACGAGCUCGGCCAUGCUCUCGGACUCUCCCACUCUUCAGCGCGGGGGUCCGUUAUGAGGCCGUAUUACCAAGGGCCCCUGGAAGACCCGCUCCACUUCAGCCUGGGCUCUCCAGACCGAGAGCACAUCACCGCUCUCUAUGGAAAGAGGGGUGAUAAUCUACAGACAGUCAGUCCUCCUCCAGAGGCAGAAGCUGAACUAAAACAUCCACACAGAGAUGCACACAGACUCACACACAUGCACCGGCACACACACAGACACCAGGACAGAUCCAGUCCUUCUCUGGAUCGCUGCAACACCAGUUUCGACGCGGUUGCUAAAAUUCGAGGGGAAACGUUUUUCUUCAAAGGUCUGAGUAUGUGGAGGGUGAAUCGUGGAGGUCUGGUGUCUCAGAGAGCCGUAUCCGUACAGAAACUCUGGGCCGCUCUGCCCGCAUCUCUGCCCCCACUGAGGGCCGUAUUGGAGAGGCAUGAGGAUCACGCUAUCAUCUUCAUCAGUGGUUCUCAGUUCUGGCUGUUUAAGGAUCUGUCUCUGCAGAAAGGUUUUCCGCAGCCGCUCUCUGCUCUGAAUCUCACAGACUCGGACGGAGUGAAGCUCGGUGUGCACUGGGACCCUGAAAAAGGAGUGGUGUGGGGGUCAGCAAAAGAGGGUGGAGAGUGUGGUGAGGUGUGGACGGAGCUCACCGAAGGAGGAGUGAAUGGAAUUAUUACAGACAAUGAUGGUUCUCUCCUCCUCUUCAAAGGCUCUCAGUAUUGGCAAUUUGCUCACCGAUGCUCCGCCCCUGAGCCUGGCUUUCCCCGACCUGUGGCCUCAGAUUGGUUGAACUGCCCAGACCCCUCUCUCUAUCACCCCGGUGACAUCUCUCUGACGUCCACUGUUGGUCAGCAGGAGCUUCAAGAGAGAAAAAAGGAACAAGCUUUGGAGCAGAUCAGGCGUAGGCACAAAACCACAGUGAGACAUACAGAAAAUCCCGGGGAAUGUCCUUGUACCGACAGCGCAGCUCUAUCUAGCACCAGUCUGCAUUACCUGACAAUUAGCCUGCUCUUACACACAGCCAUCUGUGUCACUUCACAUCCUUUUCAUCUUUAGAUGUCUUUAUACG